AUCAGAGUGAAGCUUCCAGUUUAGUUAGUGUGGCGACGCCAUCCACGUCCAUUUCGAGUGCCACCAGAUCAAUUAGCACCGUAAUUGCCUCUACUGUCCAAUCUUCAACUGUUUCUCUGUCUGUCGGUUCAGGCGCAGAUAAAGGAGCGGUGCCAGCCUCUUCAGGCUUUGCAGUCACCCUCAGCUCGAGCAUAACAGGUGCUACCGCACCAACUAGUUCUGGUUCCGCGUUAGGCGCAGCAAGUAAUGGUGCAAUCGAAGUCCAUGGCCUUCCACACUCUAGCGCCGUGAUGAUCAUUGUAUGUGUGCUGUGCGGCGCUGUCUUGGGACUGUGAAUGGCCCGACCAAUGGAUAUGGAUCCAUUAUGCGGUAUACAUAAUGAUGUCGAAAGGCUAUCCCGAAAUGAGCGACUAGUGGGUAACGGCACUAGAUUCUAUCUCCUAUUGACCAAGGAUUACACUACCUUUUUCCACUGGCGAUUUCGUUUGCGGGAUGAGUACUUUCCCUUCACAUCUCUAGCUCUUACCUUAUCAUCCUCAUUGCAUUCACUUCGUCUUUCUUUGUUGCUAACGUUUGUAAAGGCUGAAGCAUUACUUCCGAGUCCUCCGCGCAAUUUUACGCCAGCGCCUCACGUUGUCACUCGAGAUGCUGGAGCCUCUCAGCCCGCCAGAGAGAAAUCUUCUAAUGCUAUUUUGGGGUAUAUGUACACAGACUAUGAACCCAGAGCACGGGAGUUCAGCUUGCAUGGAUUCACCACCUUUCCCAUAACCGAAGGAAGCAAGUUCGAGACUGGCGCGGAUUUUCCCCUUGGAGGUGGAGCAUAUCUUGAACCUGUGCCUUGGAAAAAGGAGGUUCCAGGUGUCUGGGAGGUUAGUAUUAUUUCCGUAUUCAAUCUCAUUCCCAUUACUGACGUCCCCGGCUUUCAGUGCGUUGUAUCUACUGAAAAGCAAGUAAUACUAACGGCAGAGCGGGUGUAUAUUCCUACCGGAUUUUUUGCCCGCGUUGGCGAAUUUCUCAAGUUGAGAAAAAUCCCCUCAGGAGUUUAUCUCUUGUUUGGCAGAUACUCGAAAUCCCGGUUUAAACCACAUAAUGACGGCAGUCCAUUCUUCAUGAAAAUUUUGAACCGACAUCUCCUUCAAUCUCCAAAUUAUCCAGAAUUACCACAUGCGAAGGAAAAUCCCCUCAAACUUCGUGUGGUUUGUGCCGAAAUGGGCACAGUACAUGCUAGACUGCCGGUAGCGAAAUGGCAUACUUGGAAGAUUGACAGUUGGCCGCCUGGUAUGGUCGUUAACUUCUAGGCGGGUGUUACGGAGAGUGAGAAGCGUAGUCGAUCGCUUUGUUGUACAG